AUGAGGAGGAAACAUGUGGCAGGUGUUGGUGGUAAUAAGGUGAAAGAUGAUCUGGUGGUGGCCGAGGUGGAGAUUAACGACGUUCCUCUCACCUGUCGGAAUCUGCUGACCCGCGGACAGACUCAAGACGAGAUCAGCAGAGUGAGCGGAGCUGCCGUGUCCACCAGAGGACGCUACCUGACAGCAGAGGAGAAGAGCAGAGCGCUGCCCAGUGACCGUCCGCUCUAUCUGCACGUCCAGGGACAAACCAGAGACUUAGUGGACAAGGCUGUUAACAGGAUCAAGGAGAUCAUUACUAAUGGUGUAGUGAAGGCCGCCACUAACUCGAGCUACAGCGGAGCGAUGGUCACCGUUUACCAGCAGCUUGGACCCGCUCCUGCACCCACAAUCCCCUCUGCUGCUCACAAACCACACUAUCCAGGAGGAAUGCAUUACGUACAGGAUAAGCUGUUUGUGGGUCUGGAUCAGGCCGUGCAGGGCUUCUGUGUGAAGGAGCGAGUGGAGGGCCCCGGCAGCUCGUUCCUGCAGCACAUUCAGGCCGAAACCGGGGCCAAAGUCUUCCUGCGGGGCCGGGGGUCCGGCUGCCUGGAGCCUGCGUCCGGACGAGAGGCCUUCGAGCCCAUGUACAUCUACAUCAGUCACCCAAAACCAGAAGGACUUGCUGCUGCAAAAACCCUGUGUGAAAACCUGCUGCAGACCGUUCAUGCUGAGUAUUCUCGAUUCCUGAAUCAGAUGAGCAGUGUGAUGCCUACACAGGGAUUCAUUCAUCCUCCUGCUGUUAACGGGAUCCCGCCGCAGCCUCCGUAUUACCCCCCCGCGGGCUUCCAGCCCUCCUACCCCGCCCCCAUCCCGCCGCCGCAGCCCGUCGCUCCUCAGUAUCCGGUGGCUCCGGCCCCGGGCCCCGUCCCCACCGCACAGUAUCCCAUCACCCCCGCGAGCGUCCCGGCACAGACUCUUCCUCCCGCUCUGUUCCCUCCGCCCACGACCGUGGCUCCGCCCACAACCAUGGCUCCGCCCACAACCGUGGCUCUGCCCAUCCCGCCGCAGAAGCGCCGCUUCACGGAGGAGGUGCCAGACGAGACGAACAGCGGCCUGCUGGGAUACCAGGUGAGCUCUGGCACACGCCGGACGCUGCGCUCAUCACCGUCUGCCUUUACUGUGUUUCUGCAGCAUGGACCCAUUCAUAUGACUAAUUUAGGUGCAGGCAUCUCUGUGGGCAGCUCUGAGGCGUCAGGACCCCCGUCUGCUGCUUCCUCAGGGCCUGUGAGAGAGAGAGACAGCAGCAGCAGCAGACUCAUGCCUCCUCCGUGUGCACUGGCUCCAGUCAGUGGUCCGAGAGCUCAGAAAGCAGACGAGAAGACGCCAGCGCCGAGCCUCCUGGAGCCGCAGGUGAAGCGCGCGAGGACGGGGCUGGUGGCGUACGCUGGAGACUCCUCCGAUGAAGAAGAGGAUCAUGGACCCUCCAGAGCAGCCGGAGCCGCAGGAUGGAUGUACCGCUGCCCUUCAUCACCGCCCUCACGGCCCAAAACACAGACGCAGACGCGGCCCAUGCCCUUCUGGAUGGCACCGUAAACACACACACACACACACACACACACACACGUUCAUGCCUCCUGAAGACUGUCCCGUGGGAUUAUGGGUAGAUGGAGGAGUGACGCUGCAGGAUCGCGUGUCUCUCAUCACUCUGCUUUACUUUCUCUUCAUCGGGUUGAUUUGUAAUGACUUCCUCUGUGAGAUUCUCUUGACAAAUAAACACACGCAUUGACUCACACACUGCUUCCUGUUUAAUUUC